AUGGCUGCUGAUGCUUCUGAGAAACCAAAAUUGAUGGAUGAUAUGGACGAGGAUAAUGAGCCAUCAGUUUUUAAACGGAGCAGACCAUCAAAGCAAAACCAAUCUAACUCACUGGCUCAAAAGUCAUCUUCAUCUCAAAAGCUUGACCGACAAUUAGGAAGGCCAAUACCGGAUGUACGUGCUGAAAAUGGUAAAACUUUUGGGGUUCAAAAGGGUAAGAUGAUCUCGUCUUCCAAAUCACCACCUGUUAAAUCUCCCCCAUGUAGCCUGCAAGCAUCUAAUUCAUCUGCUAAGGCAUCUUCACCGAGCUAUCCCAAGGCAAAUCUGAAACAUUCGGAGGCUUAUUGUUCAGAAAAUGUUAAUCAACCGAUGAAGGUGGACAAGCCUUCAACUGGGCCUGCUGCUGAACCAAAUGCCAGAUCCAAUGCUACAUGUUUGUGUAAAAAGUCAGGCAUCCCCAAUUCUGAUGAAGAAAAGCUUCUCGCAGCAAUAAAUAACCAAAACGGGUCUGCCUUGAGAGACAUAUGUUCGAAGAAACCUUCAACUGUGUUAAGUAAGAGACCUGCCAUCGAGGUAAACUCUGCAGGCCAAUCUUCAAUUAAAAAGCGUGAGCUUUUCCUUGCAUCAAGGCCUGUUAAUAACAAGCAAGCAUCUGUCAAAGCUGACACAAAGGUACACGAUGAUGAAGACCAUGUUCAAAUUUCUCAGAGAAUGGAGAAGCCGGCUGCUUCAGACAGAAAAUCAUCGGCAGUUAAAAAAGUAACAAAAGUUGUUUCUUCUUCACUUAAUACAACAAAUAAGGAAUCGAAAAAGGUGACGGAAAAAUCUCAGGACUCCAAGUCAUCAGAAGUUCUUCCAAGCUCUGGUGAAUGGCAGAGAUGGACUACCUUGGUUCAGAGUGGUGUGAUAUUUCCUCCUCCUUACCAGCCUCAUGGGGUUAUGGUGCUCUACAAGGGGAAGCCAGUUGCCUUAACACCCGAACAGGAGAAGGUGGCCACGAUGUUUGCAGUGAUGUUAGAUACUGAUUACAUUAACAAACCUAACUUCAAAGAGAAUUUCAUGAGUGACUGGAAGAAAAUACUGGGAAAGAAUCACAUUAUUCAAAACUUGGAAGACUGUGAUUUCACCCCAAUAUACGAAUGGCAUCAGAAAGAACAGGAGAAAAAGAAACAGAUGACUACAGAAGAUAUUGGAACUGAUAAUGGUGUGACUAGUAAGAAAGAAGAUAACAAGUCCGAUGAAAUUGAUGAUAUUUCUGCGUCUGUCUGUGAAAUUUGUGACGAUGGUGGAUCACUUCUGUGUUGCCAAGGAAAGUGUAUGAGGUCAUUUCAUCCGACUGUCAAGGAUGGUGCUGAAUAUCAUUGCAAGUCUCUUGGUUAUACUGAUGUAGAAGCGGAAGAAAUGAAUACCAUAGAUUUCUAUUGUGCAAAUUGCAAGUAUAACCAACACCAGUGCUUUGUUUGUGGGGAAUUGGGGUCUUCUGAUGAAUCGUCUCAUGCUGAGGUCUUCCAGUGUGUUAAUGGCGCUUGUGGGCGCUUUUACCAUCCUCACUGUGUAGGGAAACUUCUCCAUCCAAGGGAUAAAACUGAAGCAGAAAAACACAAGCAAAAGAUUGCAGCUGGGAAACCGUUUGCAUGCCCCCUCCACAAAUGCUAUGUAUGUGAGGAGCUAGAAGUUAAAUCAGAACCUCACUUGCAGUUUGCCAUAUGUCGGCGUUGUCCUAAAGCAUACCACAGGAAAUGUUUGCCCAUGGAGAUUGCAUUUGAAAAGGAUGCGGACAAAGGCAUUAUACAAAGGGCUUGGAAUUAUCUUCUUCCCAAUCGUAUAUUGAUUUACUGCUUAAACCAUAAAAUCGAUGAAAGUAUCUCGACCCCUGUCAGAAACCAUAUAAAAUUCCCUGGUGUAGGGGAUAAUAAGAAAACGCAACCAUUAGGAUCAUCCGGCGAGGAAAAAGUGGUGUUGGAGGAGUUAAACCAUACCAGGCUGAGCCGUAUGGUGUCUGGACCACCUUUGGCAGAUACAAGUGGCAAGUACCCUCCUCCAGUUCCUAGACCUGGAUUACAAGCCAAUACGUUUGGCUUUGCUGCUGGACCUCGUCGCCCUCCUCAAAACAACUCUACUGGUUGGCUUAAGGAAUAG